CAACGCGGAAAUGUGUAAUAUUUGUUAUAGUAUUAGGUAUAGUAUUAUAUGAUCAGUUGUCUGGCUUGUAACGGUUGUACAGUAAAUUAAUCAGCAUGCUGUUGUGAAGUUUUUCCGGUACUUUGUGAUAAUGGCGUUUUGUUGGAGUUUAGAGCCUAUUCGACCUUAGUAUGUAUUAACUGACACGCACCAAGAACACGCAACUUUAACCACUGACAUAACUGUCAAAAUCAGGAUGAGAAUUAUGGACCGGAGACAAAUGUUGCUGUUGUUGCUCUGCCUCGCGGGAAUCGUGCAACAGUGUGAGGGAGGAAGUUCAGUUUCUCUUCCAGAAUCUCUGCUCUUUGUUUCUACACUGGAUGGAAGUCUACAUGCUGUCAGUAAACAGACAGGAGACAUCAAAUGGACACUAAAGGAAGAUCCCAUCAUACAGAUUCCUGUCUAUUUUCAGAAGCCAGGCUUUCUCCCAGAUCCCAAUGAUGGCAGUCUGUAUGUACUUGGAGGCAAACACAAAGAGGGUCUUAUGAAACUACCAUUCACAAUUCCAGAACUAGUCCAGUCAUCUCCGUGCAGAAGUUCAGAUGGAGUUCUCUACACAGGUAAAAAGCAGGACACUUGGUUUGUGGUGGAUCCUAAGACAGGCGAAAAGCAGACAAGCCUGAGCACUUCCUCUGCAGAUUCGAUCUGCCCCUCUGCCCCUCUACUGUACAUUGGUCGCACAGAAUAUAUGAUCACCAUGUAUGAUACAAAGACUCAGGAACUCCACUGGAAUGCCACCUACAAUGACUACUCCGCCCCUCUCUAUGACGACAAGAAAUAUGAAUAUAAGAUGUCUCACUUUGCAUCCAGUGGGGAUGGUCUGGUGGUCACGGUGGAUCGAGACUCUGGUGAGGUUUUGUGGAUGCAGAAGUUUGAUUCUCCAGUGGCAGGGUUUUACCUCUGGAGUCAGGACAGUCUGCGGCGAGCACCUCACCUGACAGUCGCGACAGAAACCCUACGUUACCUGACCUUCACUGCAGAAAAUACGCAGUCCCACACCAUGAAGUGGACCUACCAGUUCACAAAGGAGCAGCAUAGCACCAACACUCAGCUAGUUCCCACUCUCUAUGUUGGCAAGACGGACUCUCAUCUCUAUGCUUCUACCUCCCUUGUACACCAAGGAGUGGCAAUAGUGCCAAAAGGUCUAACUCUGGCUCGUAUUGAGGGGCCAGUCACAUCUGAAGUCACAAUGGGGAAUGGACUGGCCGAGUGCGAGAUCAUGCCCAGCACGGAUGUGAAAUAUCCACCAGGAAGCACCAGAUCCCUGCAGAAUCACUGGCUGCUGAUUGGUCACCAUGCAGUCCCUCCUUUGGCUCACACCACCAUGUUGAGAGAUUUCCCAGAGAACCUGCAGCGCUCUGGUGAUGUCAUCCCACCUCGAGGUCCUGGAUCUUCUUUCCGUCCUUCAUCUCAACCAUUGCCACCGGUAACACACCACAGCUCUUCUCAUGUGUUGCCUGACUCGUUAAACUCUGACCCCAUGACUGUGCUGGUGGUGACACUGCUGUUGGGAGCCUGGAUCGCCUUUCUACUGACACACAAAAGGCCAGUCAAAAUAUCCCAGAGAUCUGAAGAGCCAAUGGAAUCCAACCCUCUGCCUGGUGAGAUCAAUCAAAUUGCUUUAAGAGAACCCAACACUUCACCCUCAUCAUCCUCCUACAACAACAACAGCCAUUCAGAGAAGACUAGUUCUGUUGCAUCCAAUCAAACCAAGCCUUUCUCAAGCAAAGACUCCGCCCCAAUAACAACAGCUAGCCAAUCAGAGAAUGAACAGCUAGAAGUGGUGGAAGUUGGCAAAAUCUCUUUCAUUCCUUCUGAGGUGCUAGGCCAUGGCACAGAGGGAACAUUUGUUUUCCGGGGUCAUUUUGACAGUCGGCGUGUGGCAGUGAAGCGGAUCCUCCCGGAAUGUGUGGAAUUUGCUGAGCGAGAGGUUCAGCUCCUUCGUGAAUCAGACGAACAUCCCAACGUCAUCCGUUACUUUUGCACAGAGCGGGACAGACAGUUCACUUAUAUUGCCAUUGAACUGUGUGCCGCUACACUCCAACAGUACGUGGAGGACCCAAGCUGUCCUCACUCAGGUCUGAACCCUGUGUCCCUACUUGAGCAGACCAUGUGUGGCCUUAGUCACCUGCACUCCCUAAACAUCGUCCAUAGGGAUUUAAAGCCACGGAAUAUUUUGCUCACUCUCCCGGGGGGACUGGGUCGAGUCCGGGCAGUGAUCUCAGAUUUCGGCUUAUGUAAGAAGCUUCCAGAUGGUCGCCAUAGUUUCAGCCUACGCUCAGGAAUACCAGGAACCGAAGGCUGGAUUGCCCCAGAAUUACUCAUAAAUGCUUCAAAAGGAAACCCUACGAGUGCAGUGGACAUCUUCUCAGCAGGAUGUGUGUUUUAUUAUGUGACGUCAAAAGGACAGCAUCCAUUUGGUGACACUCUUCGCCGUCAAGCUAAUAUUCUCUGUGGAGACUAUAGCCUCAACCACUUUAUUGAGGAUAUACAUGAGGAUGUGAUUGGCAGAGAUCUGAUUGAGCGGAUGAUCAGUGCAGAACCAGAGAUUCGCCCCUCAGCAGCGUCCAUCCUCAAACAUCCAUUCUUCUGGAGCCCAGAGAAACAGCUGCAGUUCUUUCAGGAUGUAAGUGACAGAAUAGAGAAGGAGCCAGCAGAAAGCAAUGUAGUGGUCCGCCUGGAGACCUCCGGCAGAUCUGUAGUAAGAACUAACUGGAGGAUGCACAUAUCAGCACCAUUACAGGCUGAUCUAAGAAAAUUUCGCACAUAUAAAGGAAACUCUGUGAGAGACUUAUUAAGAGCAAUGAGAAAUAAAAAACAUCAUUACCAUGAACUCCCUCCAGAGGUUCAAACAGCUCUCGGUGAAGUCCCUGAUGGCUUUGUGGUGUAUUUUACCUCCCGUUUCCCACGGUUACUGCUACACACACAUUCAGCAAUUAGCAUCUGUGCCCCAGAGAGACUCUUUCAUCCCUACUACCACCACUAAACGCCUGCAACAUCUCCAAAGACUCAUGCUUAUUUGUUCUGAGUGAUGACGGUGCAGCCGGUGGCAACCAGACAUCACUUCAGUAUAUUACGAUGGACUUCAGAGGAUGAACUGAUGCCAACUCCAACCAUACGACAUGGGAUACUUCAUAAGCCAAUGCCAGAACCUUGGAUUUUGGAUAUCACCGAAAUGACCAGCCAGUUGAACUGCGAUGCACCUCACUGAUCUCUGCCUGAAUCAACUUGGUCUAAUGAUGCACUACACUCCUGAAAUGGAAUACAUAGACUAUCAAUGAAUUGCCAACAAAAGCCUUCAUCAGCCAACUAACAAAGGACAAUUGAAUUUAUGUGAACUACUGCAGUUAAUCCAGGAUGGACUGCAAAGACAUUAGUCAUUAAUCUUACAGUUCAUAGUAAAUCUUUGUUUAAACACUUGCCCUUAACACUUAUUUAGUUUACGCAUUUUAAACCAUGACUUGCACUGCACAUAAAUAAGUAAUAUUGGCAUUAUAUCCAUGAUGUGGUGGGGAACUGGCCCCCACAGUGAGUCUGGUUACUCCCUAGGUUAUUUUUCUCCAUUAACCAACAUCUUUUGGAGUUUUGUGUUCCUUGCCACAGUCGCCUUCAGCAUGUGCACUGGGAUUCUAAAUACAAUUAUUAUUUAAUUAUUUAUUUUUAUACUAAAUUUACAAUCAUAUUUCAUCAAACUACAUAAUGAUGACUUUACAGAUAUUACAGUUUCAUUUUCUGUUAAUGCAUGAUUUUCUGUAAAGCUGCUUUGAACCGAUGUGUGUCAUGGAAAGCGCUAUACAAAUAAAAAUGACUUGACUUGUUCUUGCA